ACUUGAGCAUCACGGGUCCACGUCCCAUAGCGGAAUCCAUCUGAAGUCAGGUCAAGCAACACCUCCAGUGUUGUAGUCCGACCACACGACACCGUCCUCAAACCAAGCAUCGAUCCACUCGGUAAUCUGGGAUGAAGUAACAAACGAAGUGAAAUAUCCGAAAUCGACCACCUCCAACCGCACGAGGCAUCCAACUGCCAAAUCCCAGAAAUCAAACCGUCACAAUGAACCGCUUCAGAGGCAGAAAGAAGACCGCCAAGGAUGACUUGCCAGCCCCUCCCCGACCAUCGGUCGAGUCCGAGUCAUCCAGCCCAUUCAAGAUGUUUGGAAAGAACAAAAAGUCCCAGGAAGAGGAACCCAAGCCAGAACUCGACCUCGCUGCCGCCCUUCCUCCCAGCGAUGAUUUCAGAACCAGUCUUCUCAUGACCGGCCUGUCGGCACGGUUCUCCAUGCUGCGUGAGCAAGAUGACCCUAACACUAAGGUUGGAAAGGCCAGUGACGACAGCGUGCUCUACCCCAACAGACAAUCGAGACUGAUGGACUUUGGAUUUCCUGGUGGCCUCAGUGACAUUGCUGAAGUCGAAUCAAUUCGGGCACCCUUUGCUCGGACCAGCUCCUACCAGUCAGAUGAUGCUGCCUCAACAUCAGGCGGCAGCAUGAUGACCCGUGGCAAACCAAUUGAAGGAAACAAUCUCUUCGGUGGACGACAGAAGAUUUACAAGAUUGCUGCCAAUGGCGGAAAGAGCGGCGCUACGGCCGGCCGAGCACUCUAUGACGACGAUGUUUCCCAAUCUGCUUUCCAGAAGUGGCGACAAGCAGAGAGGGAGAGGCAAUCCUCAGAAGAGCCUCGCCCAAGCGAUUCCCCAGAACCAGAGCCUGCGCGACCAGAGUCACCUCCCCAGUCCGAGUACAACCGACGACGGGAGACUAGCUCAACAACAUCAUCCGUUCCCUCGGCGGCGCGCAAUUCCACAGCUGCCACCUCCACCACUUCCUCACAGCCCGCUCCGUCUGUAAAGGACUGGCAAUCCGCUACAGCUGCGGCGAACCCGACCCCACCAAUGGAGCGCAGUGUUACCCGGACACGAAGACUCUAUGAGCAGAGUCUGAACCAGGACCUCCAUAACCAACAAACAUCAUCCGUCUCCAGAAUCGACACCCUCUCGAGACAGCGAAACUUUGGCAACAGAACGCCAGACCUCACCCCAACCGUCCCUUCGCCAGCGAGCGCAACCUUUAGUGAUCGAUUUGCCAAUAGUCGGUCGCUCCUCAACAAAGCCAGUGCGCCGAAUCUACGAUCUUUCAGCCCCCCGACCACUGUCUCCUCCCCCAUGGAUCCGCAAAACAAGUUCGAAGAGCGAACUUCCUUUGGUGCUACUCCCCCUCUUAGCCCGCCUAUUAGUGAGACUGGAGAGCCCCAAUCCCUCUCGUUCCAGUUCGCGGAGAGGAACAAGCCCGCAGUGGCGAGUGGGCCUAACAAGCCAUCACUGUAUGACGAAUCAAGGUAUGCCCAACGCCAAAUUCAACUCCAGCAUGGUCGCGAGACCCCCACCAAUCUCUUCCGACCUGAGUCGAGCGCCUCUAUUCCCACAACCAGGUCACGAUCGCCCUCAACUCACCGGGGGCCUUUUGAAAAGCAUGACUCCACCUCGUUCAAGACCAAGCCUGUAGCCAAGGAGGAACCUCAGACCUCGACUUUUUUUGAUGACGACGAAGAUGAGCUACCAAUCGAAGUUAACUAUACUCGCCCAGAAGUGCUGGCACCGCAAGUUACUGUCGAGCGCCCUGCCGACCAUGAGCACCCUGCUUUCAGAUCAUCAGCAGCCCCUACGCCCUUGAUACUCGAGAGCAAGCGCGGCGACAAGAGCGAGUCUCCCGAGGACUCACCAACGUUGGGGCCGACAUCAGGAGGUUUGAGUGGAAUGGUGCGUGCGCAUUUGCGACAUGACAGUGGUGCGUCUUCCAUCUACGACAAUGGACAAAGUGACGAGGACCUGGCUUCGCGGUUCCCCCCGGAGCGCAGUGAAGUGCGGAGUUACGAUUCUAUGGCAUCGAAGUCAAACCCUUGGGACUCCAUCGAGAGAGGUGUGGAAAUGUCGAUGGAUAGUGAUUUGCCCAGCCCGACGGUAUCUAAGUCGUCGAUGGACCAUCAGCAGCGUCGCCGUGAAGUUCCAUCUUCUGCCCACGAUUCGAAGAUCGACUUGGACGGGGACAAAGACAAAGACACGGAUGACUUCGCCAGGCAUCUUGCGGAUGGCGCACGACGGGUUCGGGAGAGGCUAACAUCCUACGUCGAGUCUGAUAGUGGUAGCGUGGUGCCAACUCCUCCACCAGUUUCAGAACUCCCUCCUCCGCCUCGUCCGAACGCACUGGGAAUUCUCAAGGCCAAGUCCAGCCGAGGCUCUUUGGUUGAUAGGACCCGGGGUGAGCGCGAGAACCUUGGGCAAAUGAAGGCCAAGAAGUUGCUUGGCCUUGGUGGUCCUUCGCCAGCCCCCGGUUCUGCACCCCGGCCGGGCUCGUAUGAAGCCGCCGAGGAACAACAGAAGCAGGAGCAGUACCAGCCACAGUCAGACGACACGUACGAAGACGAAGGCCGCUCCUCAAUCGACAAGGAGAAUGUCCACGCAGGUCUCAAGGCCUUCCGACAGGCCCGUCGAGAACUCCAGAGGAUGAAGGAGCAGGAGGUCCAGGCACGGUACCAGGGGCCGCCACAAGGUGCACCGCAGCAGGGUGCACAGCAAGCACCUCAACAGGCGCCGCCGCACGCGCUUCAGAACCCCCCUCAAACUCGAGAUCGCGCCCCGAGCAUGCGAGGACCUGGCUCUCGCCAACAGUCCCAAGAGCGAAGACCCCCACCUGUUACCUACAACCGAAUGCCGAGUGAGGAAUCGCGGAAUGGUGGUGGCUCUCGAUCUGGGUCUCGUGCCCCAUCCGAGCGAGAUAGAAGUGGCUCCGAAACUAGCAAUGGUGGACGAUCUGGCAGUCGGCCAGCACGACUCCGAAACGGCUCGGUCCCACGCGAGGACUACCACGGACCGAUGGGUUCACCUUCUGGACCAAAUGGAAUGCCCCGACAAGGCCAGAUGAUGAGGGGGCCUCAACUGCCUAGCAACCCGUCUCCUUCGCGCUUCAACCGGUUCGGUGAACCGUCACCAAACUUGAACAUCAAACCCCCCUAUGGUUACGACCACGGCCAGCCGUCGCCAAUUUCCCCGAUGCAGGGAGGCCAGUCUCCUUACGGCCCCGGCCCGAACUCUCAACGGCCCUACGGCGCACAACCGGGGAAGAUGGACCAGGAACCAUCAGCAAGGCGUAUGAUGCGACCCAGGGAUACCUCGGACCCCCCGAUGGUUUCACCAGCUGCACAGGACCCAAUGGGCAAGCGAGACGGACACCGCGGUGCGCCAACACACCAGAACGGCAAUGUGGUGGCACCGCCUCUGCCUCCCAUCAACCCGCGACGGAAGACCAACAUUAUGGCAGACUACGUACGCAGGCCUGAUGAUGGGAUCCCAAUGAAUGGGAGCCGCAUGCCCAUGAGCCCCGUUAGCGGAGAUGAAGGACGCGGCACCCAUGGAGCGUUUGCGCCUAGUGACGACGAGGGUCCUGCAACUUAUCGAUCAAGGCUUCGAAAGGCUGCCAGCGAGGCCAACGGAAUGAACUCUCGGGCACGAUCUCUUCGCAACAGUCCCCCGCACCCAAUGGCUCCUCCACCUCUGCCAUCAAGCAUGACUGGGAACGGGCUGCCAGGGGGCAUGAUUUAAUUCUUUCUUGAUAACCGCCAUUUUUUUCUUGGCCUAAUUUCCACAACUUCUACAUGAGCUACAUGACGACGAUACCAUUCGACCCUCG